UCGAUCUCAGCAGGGCGUGGCCGAUGAUCCGAUAACACCUGCCGGGCUCUCCCUCCUCCUGCGUUCCUCUUCGCACAUUUCAGAUCCUCUCAGACCCCUCUCGCCGCCCGACGAUACUCUCCGUCCGGCCUGCACUUCUCUGCAACCGUUCCGCACCCUCCACACACACUCCACCAUGUCUUCACCACGCUCCAACGCAAGCGACGGCGGCAGCGGUGGCAAUGUGUUCCGCCUGCCACGCCUCGCAGCCAUGGACGAGCCGCGUUCCGCCUCACCGCCGUCGGCCGCGUCGGACCUCUCGGCCCGCUCGACGUCGGCACAUUUUGAGGCCGCAGCUCGGCGUGCGUCUGUGACAUACCGGCCUGACUACACUCCGGCUCCGAAGCUCUCGCCUCUGGGUCUCGGCGGCCUGCCACCGUUUGGCGGCCGGUCCGAGCGCUCGGCCUUCUUCCAAGACAUGCCGCCACAGCGUGCACCGCCUGCCAACGACCUGAAUGCGUCGCCCUCGGCGCGCUCGUCGGACCGGCUGCCGGUCGCCGAAGGCUCUGCUCGCCAACACCGUGCUCCAACGCUGCCCGAGCCGUUGUCGCGCUUCAAGCGUGCGUCCGACGAGGCAUCCUUCGGCGCCACACGGCUGCCGCCUCUCUACAGUCGCACCAUGGCAGCGGAGAGUCACCUUCCGGCGCACAGCCCGCACCGUGCUUCGUCGCCACCGCGCCUGCAUCCCGCCACGCUCACGCAUCCCAGUGGCACGGCGCACCCACGGGGCGAGGAGGCGUUCCGUCAGGACCGAGUCGUCCGUCCGCCCGGACCGGUGCACUCGCACUCGCAGCCGCAUAUCAGCGGCAUGCACCUGCACAUGGCGAGCACGUCGUAUCAGACGGCCACUGGCUCCUCGGGCUCGACUGCGAUGCCGUUGAGCGGACGCAAGGCUGGCAAGCAGCAUGUGCCCAGCGCCUGUCUCAACUGCAAGCGGGCUCACCUUGCAUGCGAUGUCGGCAGACCAUGCCGCCGUUGUGUGAACCUCGGCAAAUCAGACACCUGCAUCGACGUCGUGCAAAAGAAGCGCGGUCGACCGAGGCUGAAGGAUCGCGAGGCCGCCGCCGCCGGCUCACCGCUUCCCGUCAUCAGCCACCAGCCUGCGGCACACGGAUCAAUGCAGCCUCGCCAAGCGUCCGGCGCCGUGGGACCGGCGCACCACACGCCCAAAGGCGUCCAUGUCGCCUUGCACCGUGAAGCUGCGCCGCCACAGCACAGCUUCCGACGCUACUCGGAAGCCGGCGACACGGGACCGUGGGCCGCCGCAGCAGCACACCAUGGACCCAGCCAAGCGUGGGCUCGGCGCGAGUCCAUCGACGGCCACGACGCCAUGCAUGCGCCGCGGUCCAUCCCUCAACAGCUGCAGGUCAAUCAUGGCCGUGGACGCAGCUGGUCGUCAGCAGCAGUGCUGCCGCACGCCACCGAGCCGCCGGUGCAUGCACGCGAGCUUCCGUACACGCCUGCUGCAUCGACGCCAGCAUCCGAGGUCGUGCGCCAUGCGCCGACCGUCUCUCUCAUCUGCUCGACGGAGCUGCAGUGCGUCCGCUCCUCGGAGGAGUGCAGCACGCUGCUUGGUCUGCGGCCUGAGGAGCUCCAGCAGCUGAGCCUCUUCGACCUCGUCCACCCGACGGAGGGCCCGCAGCUGGAGGACCUCUGGCAAAGCCUUAUCCGGCCCGUCGGCAUCCGGCCGUCGGGCGCCCCGGCACACCCGGCCGUCAUCCUCAACGCUCCGCCGGCCCAGCUGCUGCUGCCCGCCGCAGGCACCGUCUUCGUCGAGAACACGUUCCGCGUGCGCCUGCGCAGCGGCACGUUCGACUUCUACAGCGUGCGUCUGCACCUCGGUGGCUACUUUGGCGCCGACCUCUUCCUGCCCGAGACGCUCGGCCGUGCAUACGUCGUCGCCAGUCUCCUCAAGCUUGGCAACGACGCCACGCAUCCGUCGAUUGCGGUGCUGCGUAAUGCAGCACAGGACGAGACGCACGAGCGCAGUCCUGCCUUCCGCACGCCAGUCGGCCUUGGCGAGUCUGCCGCCGCUCGCGAGCGCUCGACGCCUCGCGCUGCGUAUGGCCAGCAAUUCGACGAGGUGCAGCAGCGCGGCAACAUCUCUACGCACGGCUCAUCGAGCCACUCGGGCAGUCCGCGCGACAGCCUGCCGACACGCCGGACGACGGUGAGCUCCAUGGCGUCGUCGCCAAAUCCAGCAAAGCGCUCCGACGUCGGCGAUGCCCUGCCCAGUCCCAAGCGGCAGCGCACGGCCGUCGACACGCGCAUGUCGCAUGUGCCUCGCUACGUCGGCGAAGGCAUGCCGUGCUGAGCGUGCCGCCAUCGUCUUUCUCUCCUCCUUGUCAGGGCCCACUGUGCCUCUGCGCAGUGCGCUCUCCUCCUUCGCCUUCUCCCGUCGGUCAUACACAUACAGAUACCGCCAUUCACGUACCCGCCUGCCACCACCCGCUGAUGCGCGCGACUGCUCCAAGCUCUCCCGAGUCCUGCCCGCCCGCUGCAUUUCCGAACGUCUCGUGUGCGCAACACUCCUGCAACUUCAAGCUCAUCGCCCUUCUCCCACUCA